AGAAAGUGAUCAAAGAAAUAAGAUUUUCGUCGAACUUGUGUUCUUGUGGACUAAAAAUCGGUUUGUUUAUACGUGGUUGGAGGAUAUUAGAAGGAAUGGUUCUCAACGUGUAAAUUAAUCAAAAGCUUCUACAAUUUACAAGAAAGGUUUUCAAUAGCCAUGGAAUCCACAUCCAGGUUUUUCGCCUUCGCUAUUCUUCUACUGACAUGUUAUGGAUCAAGCGCACAAAAAUUCAGGCUUAAAUCAAAUGCUGAUGGAUCCUUUCUAUUGGUCCCAGCCAACGCCACAGUGGGCAGUGAUAACGUAUUAGUUGAUUUAAAGAAUUUAGCUCCUAUUCCUGUAAAAGGCAGUACCCAGGAACCACCUGGUACAAAUUCACAAACACCACAGAUGAUUAUUUCGAAAUUGCCUAAACCUGCUGCUAAUCCAGGUCCAUCGCCAGCGCCUGUUACUGCAGCAGCAACCGCUGCAGGGCAGACAGGGGGAACAACGCAGACGCCCACUACAAAACCUCAACAACAGCAACAACAGCAACAACAACAACAACAGCAGCAGCAGCAACCAAACCCUACUCCUCCGGGAGGAGUUGUUGCGCCAUGUGCUGGUCCCUCAUGUAAACCAAAACAGAACAUGAUGACCCUUGCGUUGAAAGGAAAAGAUGGUGCCAAAGGGAAACCAGGCGAGCAGGGACCCCCUGGACCACAAGGACCCCCAGGUACGCCAGGAAAAAAGGGUCCGACAGGUGAACCUGGAAAAUGUGAGCCAACACCGUUCAAUUGUUCUCCUGCUGUUUUAGCAACGCUUCAAGCUAAGAUAAUUGCUCUUGAAAAGCAAUGUCAGAAUAUUGGAGGAACAGGAGGCGGCGGAGGACCCACAACACCUACAACCCCACCUACACAGAAAGGACCACCCUGUGUCAUAGGAAGCUGUAAAGCAAAUCCAGCCGCAAACUGUCAAGUUAUUUUCCUUCAACUACCAAACUCUUCAAGUGGACCCUACUGGAUAAGAGGCUCCAAGGAACCGUUCAAGACACACUGUAAGAUGAUGCGAAAUGUUCAUCAAGACAUCCGCAAUCCAGAUAACGCCGAGCCUCCAAAGGGAGGCUGGACACUAGUUGCACGCAUCAAUGGGGCCGGCACGGAAUUCUCUCCAAUCAGCGACAACUGGUCAAACAACGUCACCUUCAACGAAGACACGGCCAGUGAUAUCAGUUCCAGUUCGUCUAUGAAAAAUGAUGGCUGGUUGAGUUUAAAAAGCAACGCUAUUUUAUUGUGCCUCACUGGCGCUGACUCGGGCUGCGCACCAUUCACUCACAAACGCGGAAUGACAUUACGGGAAUUGUUUAAAACACAGUUUGGUGUUGUUCCCGAGGAGCAGUACUCGUUUGCUACACUGCUAAAAGGAUUCGGCAAAAGUUGUGAUCUAUCAGUAUUACGACAAGGCUGGUGUGGACUAAACAUGGCUAAUACUUGCAAUCCAAGAAGGGACAAUCCAAAUGAUAAGCCAGUACACACGACUCAUAUCGUACGCUUGGGCUGUAUUGGGGAUAUACAAGCUACCUGCUUCCCAGAUGACUAUGCGCUGGGGGUGGGGGUGAGUAGUUGUAAGGAUGGAUACGGCUGCAGUUCUGUAGGAAUGUCCAAGAACAUGCACUAUCGUUGUAAUUACGUCCAUGGUACUUUUAUGCAGACAGGAUUUCUGUACGUCUUAUAAACUUGACAAUUUCAUACUGCCAGUCAGUUUAUCCUAAUUAUUUAUAUCAAAGGAAAUUAUAUACAAAAUUGAGUUAAUUACACAAAAACUCAUAGACAAUUUUAUGUACACCUUUCAUAGACAAUUCAUGUACACCUUUAGUAUAUCAACAAAUUUCACCAAUCAAUAGAUGGUUUAGACUCUGGACUUGAUGAAAUAACUAGAUUUGGAAAAAGGCAGUUUUUGCAACUUAAGAUACACAAUUCAGAAAGGACAUUUUUCAGCUCCAAUGAUUUCCGCGGUCGUUACAACGUUAACCAGAGAAGAAUUAAAACAAGAUUGUUAUGAAUAAAAGCUUUCGUUUAUGACUUGCUCCCUUCUCUACCAUUUGCGAAUCAAAAAGACCGCGAUCGCACACAAAAUAUCUUAAGUUGGUCUUUGGAAAAAAGUCUUGAUAUAAUUAAACGGUUACUCCUCUAAGUGCGACGGGUCGACAUGACCUUAUGAAAAUCGUCAAAAAUAUAUAUUUAAAAAAGUCUGAAAUCGUUCGUAUAUCGCAGUUUGUGUGGACAUACGUGAGAAAUGCCUAAACUUAGUAGUUGAAAUGAUGCAAGACUCAGCAUCACAAACUUUUACAUGUAAAAACACGCGCGUUAUCAAAAUUAUUAACCUUAGUAUAAUAUGGUUUAAGCCGACACAUUUUACUGUCCAGUGCCACCCAGUAACUGCGCAUCGACGACAUUCAAGUCGUCAAAUUUAUUAGGUUAACGUUAAUUAAGCCAAUUCAGAUAAGAUAAAAAAAGUGAUUUAUUGGAUAUUUUGGGUUUAAUUGGAAUAAAUCCUAAAGAUUUUUGUGAGAAAUUCUAUUGUGAAAAAUUAUUGUACGAAAUGGCUUUUGUACUUUACAAUAUUAUAGUAUAAUAUUAGCAUCGACCAAACUAUGGAUUAUACAAAUUAAUCAUUCUCCAUGGCUACUCAACUACAGCCUAUUCACGAUCACUUGAAAAAAAUUACAAUUAUUUUACUGCUCUUUUGUCAAAUUCGUCCAAUAGUUUGGUGAACAAUUAGACUUGCCUGUCUAUAGACUACAAAUGGACUAUAAGUUGAUAGUCCAUUCUGCCAAUCACAACCGCAAGGACUACCAACUUGUAGACCACUCAACCUUGUGUUGAAAUUGUUUACCAUGACUGUUACCAUUGCAUGCGAUCACAUGUAAGGGCCAGCUCACACAAUGACAUAAGCAUAAACAGAAGCAAAAGCUGGUUCACAUUUGACAUAAGCAUGAGCAACUCCUUAUAUUGUGAUGGUUCACACCUGUAGUUUUCAACACAGGCAGUAGCAUGGAAACAUAUGAAAAUGGAAAAGAUUUGUAUUUCUUAUGUUUCUGCUUAAAUGUCUACCCAGGUUCAUCCACUAUUGUGAACCAACCCUAAGGGAUAGCUCACACAAAUAAUAUACUGUAAGUAAGAAGAAGUGGAAAAAAAUAAUUACAUGCUGAUGUCUUAUUUCACAGGAUUGACUUCUUUAUUCAUGAAUUAUGCUUGUAAAUGCUUAUGGCAUUGUGUGAACUAGGCCUAAAGAAUAUUAAGAAUACCUAUUAAACUGCCUGAGGAUAACAACU